AUGGAACAGAAUGGAACAGUCAUGCUGAGUCUUGGUGGCUAUGUAGAGGUUGAAAAAUACGGAUAUGUGUACUUUCUGUUUUUGUUGCCACUAUUUGUUGUUAUUCUCUGUUCUAACGCCAUUAUAAUUUUUCUAGUCUGGAUUCACAGGAACCUUCAUGAGCCCAUGUACAUUUUCAUUGCAGCUUUAUCCUUAAACUCGAUUUUGCUCACUACACCUAUCUACCCUAAGAUUUUAGUGGAUGUGCUGUCUAAUGAGCAGAGCAUUUCUUACUCUGGCUGUUUGACCCUGACAUUUUUUUUUUACAGUAUAAUAUCUUCUGAUUUUCUCCUGUUGUUAGCCAUGGCCUAUGACAGGUAUGUGUCAAUCUGCAGGCCUCUACAAUAUUCCUCUCUCAUGGGCACAACCACUGUCAUCAUUUUCUUGGCUUUUGCGUGGUUAAUGCCUGCAUUUCAGUUGUCGGUGACGAUGGUUCUGCAGUCCAAACAAAAAAUCUGUCGCACCACUUUGGAGGGAUUUUAUUGCAAUGUUAAAAUGCUUAGGAUUCACUGUACAGCACCAAUUUAUAUGAUUUUGUGGUCUUUAUUUAAUUUAUCAAGCCUUACUUUCAUGCCUAUGCUGUUGAUCUUUGUCACGUACAUUAAGAUAUUCAUAGCCAUCCAUAAUAGCCAUGGAGAAGUCCGAAAAAAAGCCCUAGAUACGUGUUUACCUCACGUGACUGUUUUAAUCAUAAACUUCAGUUUGCUGUCCAUUGACACAACUAUCGCGUUUCUGGGGGCAGUGCUUCCAAAAAGGGUUUCACUAAUUAUAAAUCUGCAAGUGCUUGUGUACAAUCCUCUUUGUAAUCCAAUCAUGUAUGGUUUGAAGAUGAAAGAAAUCCGGAAACACAUCAAGAGAAUGUUGUUGUUUUGGAAGGAUGAGUAA